AUGAGAUUAAUAAAACAAAAGAACUACUUUGAUAAUGAAGAAGAAGAUCUUGAUGAAAUCGAACGUUAUACCUCUGAGAAACCAGCCAAUAGAGAAAUCAAUGUGCUGGCAUGGUGGAAGGCGCACAAGACGCAGUUUCCUCAUCUUGCCCGCAUGGCUCACGAUUACCUGGCAAUCUCAGCAUCCUCUGUUGCUUCUGAACGUGCCUUUUCUGCUGGCGGAAGCAUGAUCACAAACAAGAGAUCCAGCUUGAUGCCUAAGACUAUAAGAGUACAAUGUCUCCGGUCAUGGAUGCAGGGACCAUUGAGAGAAAAGUUGGAUAACUAUGUGACAUGA